AUAACAGCUUAAUUAGCUUUUAAUCAAAGCGAUUUAAUGACUUCUCAAUGACUUCUCCAACUGCCGAAAAUUUUGAUAGAACAGGGCUAUAAAAAUAUGAACCAAAGACCGGUGGCUUUCAGUACGAACUCUCGAUCCGUGAAGUCGGUUUGUUAAAACGAAGUAGUAAACAUGAAGUUCUCGAUCGGUCUGUGCCUGCUUUUGGCCACCAGUGGAUUCGCCCUGGAGGACCAACAUCCCGCCGACCUGUUCAACAUGUUGGCUCGCCAGCAGUUCGCCGUGCGCACCUUGAUGGCCACUCCCCAGGCGCGGGAUAACGCCGAUCUGGUCGACGACUGCUUCAACCACUACGUGGAGGACCAGACCAACGUGGUCAUGGGCUACAACGUGAGGUACACCGGAUGCGUGAGGACCCGCAAUGAUGGCCGGACCGCACUCACCCAGGAGAGCGCCUCCGAGCGGGAGAGCCUUCUGGACCGCACCAACGCCAUGUGCUUCAACCUGAACAGUUGCGAUGAGAAAGUCGAUGGCCUGGAAUUCUUCCAGUGCUACCGAGAUGCCUCCUCUGACAGCUACAAGACCAUGUUCACCCUCAACAGUGACUCCAGCCUGGACUACACUCGCAUCAGUGCCAAGUACAGCGUGAUCGAGACGGAUUACACUGCCUGUGUGGAUGAGGCUCGUGCGGAUUACGCCCACGACAUGGACGUCUGUGACGAGACCCUGAACGUCUGUCUGAAGGGAGGAGAGGUCACCACCACUGUUCCUCCUAGCACGGAGGCUCCUAGCACUGCUGCUCCAAGCACUGCUGCUCCUAGCACUGCUGCUCCUAGCACCGCUGCUCCUAGCACCGCUGCUCCUAACACUGAAGCUCCAAGCACCGCUGCUCCUAACACUGAAGCUCCAAGCACUGCUGCUCCCAGUACAGCUGCUCCAAGCACAGCUGCUCCCAGCACUGUUGCUCCUAGUACAGCUGCUCCCUCCACCGCAGCUCCUUCCACCGCUGCUCCCAGCACCGCUGUUCCCAGCACCGCUGCUCCCUCUACUGCAGCUCCCUCUACCGCUGCUCCCUCUACCGCUGCUCCAUCCACAGCUGCUCCCUCCACCGCCGUUCCCUCCACUGUCGCACCAAGCACUGCUGCUCAAUCUACCGCUGCUCCAUCUACCGCUGCUCCCUCUACUGCUGCUCCCUCCACCGUUGAGCCAAGCACCGCUGCUCCCUCGACCGCUGCUCCCUCCACCGCUGCUCCCUCCACCGCUGCUCCCUCCACCGUCGAACCAACCACAGAGCGUUCACCCGAGGAGGACCUCUUCAGAUCCGCUCCCUUGGCAAACAAGGGUCGUUGGAAUCUUUUCAAGCGUUUCUUCUAAACGCAAAAUCUGUUAAAUUAUUUAUUGCAUUCAAUUUCGUAUUUUCAAGUGCCUUAAAGUUCCAAAUAAAGCGAUUGCGUACAAAG